UGCGCCAUCUACAGCGACCGCUUCAUCCCCAGCCGCACCGGAUCCAACCUCGCGCUCUUCGACCUCGCCCCGGCCCCCUCCUCCUCCGCCUCCGGAUCUGCCGCUCCCCCCUCACCCUACUGCGCGCUCCUCCACGCGGCGCUCUUCGGGCCCGACACGCCCGACCGCCUCGCCUCCUCCGCCGGGGCCUCCUCCUCCUCCGCGGCCUCCCCCGUCGGCUCCCCCGCCGGCGGCAACAUAUUCCACUUCAAGGCCGAGGUGCCGAGGAACGCCAAGCGGGCGCUCUUCGCCGGCGGGGACGACCAGGACCUGCUCUUCCCCGGCAUCUUCACCCCCAAGGGCUCCGGCCCCAGGAAGAUCCCCAGGUCGCCCUACAAGGUGCUGGAUGCGCCCGCAUUGCAGGACGACUUCUACCUCAACCUCGUGGAUUGGUCUUCGCACAAUGUCCUCUCGGUCGGAUUGGGGAAUUGCGUCUACCUGUGGAAUGCAUGCAGCAGCAAGGUCACCAAGCUCUGCGAUUUGGGGGCGGACGACACCGUUUGUUCCGUGAGUUGGGCGCAGCGUGGCACCCACCUGGCUGUAGGGACUAACCAAGGCACCGUCCAGAUAUGGGAUGCAACACGCUGUAAAAGAAUGAGAACCAUGGAAAGACAUCGCAUGCGAGUAGGUGCUCUUGCAUGGAACUCUUCAUUGCUUUCUUCUGGCAGUCGUGACAAGAACAUCCUUCAUCAUGAUCUACACGGCCUUCUUGCAUCUGGUGGUGGAACUGCAGAUAGGUGCAUAAGAUUUUGGAAUACGACCACAAAUACACACUUGAGUUCCAUGGAUACAGGGAGUCAGGUCUGUAAUCUUGUGUGGUCAAAGAAUGUGAAUGAGCUUGUUAGCACACACGGAUACUCCCAGAAUCUGAUAAUAGUGUGGCGGUAUCCAACGAUGUCAAAGCUUGCCACGUUGACAGGACAUACAUUCAGAGUAUUAUAUUUAGCCAUCUCCCCUGAUGGACAGACAAUUGUUACUGGUGCUGGUGACGAGACGCUCCGGUUUUGGAACGUGUUUCCGUCUCCCAAGUCCCAGAGUUCUGACAGCUUAAGUAGCAUUGGAGCGACAUCAUUUGUUAGGAGCUACAUCCGGUGACUCGACGAAAUCGAGCUUGUAAGUUAUUGCGGCAAGUGCUGAUCGUCAUCAGCACCAUUCAAUUCCCACACGACCUCCUUCUGUCCAUCUGCCGCUGAAGCCAGCACCAUUUU